AGGUGGAGCUGCCUCCUCUGUUAAAUGACACUGGCAGAUUAAAGCUCUCUGAUGGGGAAGGGCUUAAAGGCUGAGCCAAAAGCCAAGAAGUCUCUUUAUUUACGCCUACCUCCCAGCCCUUGGCAAUCUGACUAAUAACAAACUGAGCUAACAAGAAAGACUAGAAAGAGAGGAAAGAGAACAUUGCUGCAGCUUGGAUCUACAACCUGAGACAGCAAGUGAUCAGCCCCAGCUCUGUGAAACAUCUUGUUUAUAGACUGCAUUUCAGCAGCUUGCAACUGGUUAACUAUAUGCAAAAAGUCAGCAUAGCUGUGAAGUAUGCCCUGAAUUUUAAUUGGGGAAGAAAAGGACAACUGCUUCAGGAUGAUCUAGUAUGCACUCUGCUUGAAAUAUUUUCAGUGAAAUGCUCAGCACUUUGUCUUUGACCAGAGGCUUUCACUUUAUAAAGUGACGGGACUUGCCAAAAAGUGAUAUUUGAGAAGAAAGUACACAGUGGUUAGUGUUUUCUUUUUUAAUAAAGAAACUGAAUUUACUUUGAACAUCCCUUCCAGCUGUGCAUUACAGAUAACGUCAGGAAGAGUCUCUGCUUUACAGAAUCAGAUUCCAUCACAGGACAACAUGAAGCUGUGGAUUCAUCUCUUCUAUUCAUCUCUCCUUGCCUAUAUGUCUUCACAGUCCCAGUCUCCAGAGUCCUCCGCCAGAGGUUCCUGUGAUUCCCUUUGUAACUGCGAGGAAAAAGACGGCACAGUUCUAAUAAAUUGUGAAGAAAAAGGUAUCAAGACGUUAUCUCAAAUCAGUGUGCCACCAUCACGACCUUUCCACUUAAGUUUAUUAAAUAAUGGCUUGACAAUGCUUCACACAAAUGACUUUUCUGGGCUUAGCAAUGCUAUCUCAAUACACCUUGGAUUUAACAACAUUGCAGAUAUUGAGACUGGUGCAUUUAAUGGCCUUGGCCUCCUAAAGCAACUUCAUAUCAAUCACAAUUCUUUAGAAAUUCUUAAAGAGGAUACCUUCCAUGGUCUGGAAAACCUGGAAUUUCUACAGGCAGAUAACAAUUUUAUUACAGUGAUUGAACCAAGUGCCUUUAGCAAGCUCAACAGACUUAAGGUGUUAAUUUUAAAUGACAAUGCUAUUGAGAGUCUUCCUCCAAACAUAUUUCGAUUUGUUCCUUUAACCCAUCUAGAUCUUCGUGGAAAUCAGUUGCAAACAUUGCCUUAUGUUGGUUUUUUAGAACAUAUUGGCAGAAUAUUGGAUCUCCAAUUGGAGGACAAUAAAUGGGUGUGCAAUUGUGACUUACUACAGCUAAAAAUUUGGUUGGAAAACAUGCCUCCACAGUCUAUAAUUGGUGAUGUUGUAUGCAACAGCCCUCCAGUUUUCAAAGGAAGCAUACUAAGCCGACUGAAAAUGGAAUCAAUUUGCCCCACCCCACCGGUGUAUGAAGAGCAUGAGGAUCCUUCAGGAUCAUUACAUCUGGCAGUAACAUCUUCAAUUAGUGACAGUCGCAUGUCAAUCAAGACUGCAUCCCCUUUAAAACCACCCACCAAAGCACCGGGUUUGAUACCAUACCUUACAAAGCCAUCCACUCAACUUCCAGGACCCUACUGUCCUAUUCCUUGUAACUGCAAAGUACUGACCCCAUCAGGACUUCUAAUACACUGUCAAGAACGCAAUAUUGAAAGUGUAUCGGAUCUAAAACCUCCUCCGCAAAAUCCUAGAAAGCUUAUUCUAGCAGGAAAUAUUAUUCAUACAAUAACGAAGUCUGAUCUAGUGGAAUACUUCACUCUGGAAAUGCUUCACUUAGGAAACAAUCAUAUUGAGGUUCUUGAAGAAGGAUCAUUUAUGAAUUUGACAAGAUUACAGAAGCUCUAUUUAAAUGGUAACCAUCUGACCAAAUUAAGUAGAUCCAUGUUCCUUGGUCUCCACAAUCUUGAGUACUUAUAUCUUGAAUAUAAUACAGUGAAGGAAAUAUUACCAGGAACCUUUAACCCAAUGCCUAAACUUAGAGUCCUGUAUUUAAAUAAUAAUCUGUUACAAGUUUUACCACCACAUAUUUUUUCAGGGGUUCCACUAACAAGGAUAAAUCUUAAAACAAACCAGUUUACUCAUCUACCUGUAAGUAAUAUCUUGGAUGAACUUGAUUUACUGACCCAGAUUGACCUUGAGGACAACCCCUGGGAUUGCUCCUGUGACCUUGUUGGAUUGCAGCAAUGGAUACAAAAAUUAAGUAAGAAUGCAGUGACAGAUGACAUCCUCUGCGCUUCUCCAGAGCACCUAUACAAGAAGGAAUUAAAAGCAUUGAAUAGUGACCUUCUUUGCCCAGGUUUGGCCAACAACCCAUCCCUGCCAACUCAGACUAGCUACAUAAUUGUCAAUACUCCUACAGCCGAUACUGUUUUAAGAUCACUUACCGAUGCUGUGCCACUAUCCGUUUUAAUACUGGGACUGCUGAUUGUUUUUAUAACUAUUGUGUUCUGCGCGGCAGGGAUAGUGGUUCUUGUUCUGCAUCGUAGGAGAAGAUACAAAAAGAAACAAGCGGAUGAGCAGAUCAGAGACAAUAGUCCCGUACAUCUUCAAUACAGCAUGUAUGGCCAUAAAACAACUCACCACACCACUGAAAGACCCACUGCAUCACUGUAUGAGCAGCACAUGGUGAGCCCCAUGGUUCAUGUCUAUAGAAGUCCAUCCUUUGGCCCAAAGCAUUUGGAAGUGGAAGAAGAAAAGAAUGAGAAAGAGGGAAGUGAUGCAAAACAUCUCCAAAGAAGUCUUCUAGAACGGGAAAAUCAUUCGCCACUCACAGGCUCAAAUGUGAAGUACAAAACCACAGACCAGUCGACUGAAUUUUUGUCCUUCCAAGAUGCCAGUUCAUUGUAUAGGAACAUUUUAGAGAAGGAAAGAGAACUCCAGCAACUGGGAAUCACGGAAUACCUAAAGAAGAACAUUGCUCAACUCAAGCCUGAUAUGGAGGUACACUAUCCAGGAGCCCACGAAGAGUUAAAAUUAAUGGAGACAUUAAUGUACUCGAGGCCAAGGAAAGUCUUAGUGGAACAGACAAAAAAUGAAUAUUUUGAGCUCAAAGCUAACUUGCAUGCUGAACCUGACUACUUAGAGGUCCUGGAGCAGCAAACAUAGAUGGAGAGUUUGAGGGCUUUUGAAGAAAUGCUGUGAUUCUGUCUUAAGUCAAAAUCUUGUAAAUAAGUGCCUUACAUGAGUGUGUCAUCAAUCAGAAUUUAAGCACAGCGGUACUCCUGUGGAAAAAAAAAGAAAGAAACUCAGGGAUCACUGGGAGAAGCCAUUGCAUUGUCUUUUGGCAAUUUUGUCUGUCCCCAACAAAACAAAUCCUUGCAUGUAAAUCAUUCAAGGAUGAUACUUAAUAGUGUUUCUCAGAAGUCCUCUUGCACAUCUAAAAGAGCUGACUAUUCAAGUAAUCCUAUUUUUCUUGAAUUACUUUACUUGUGGAUUGGAUAGAAUUGGAUCUUGUCAUUUAAAAAUCAUACUUGUAUAUGUAGUUAUAAUAUGUAAGGAAUAUAUUGUUUAUAUAACCAGUAUAAGUACUGAAAAAAUGUACAUUGUCAAAUGCACCUAAUUUUAUUUAAAGGAAUUGGACCUUUAAAAUUACAAAUAGUAAAGAAAAAAAUGAAAGGUUGAGUUAUAUAGGCUAGGAGUGAGCCAAAACCUUGAACAUUUGAGGAUUAAAAAAAAUGCCCCGGCUAUGCUUUCUGAAUUUAAAAUUAAGAAUGAUUAGUAGUACAGGUGGAAUAAAUAAGCAAACUUUUUGGGUUUUCUGCACAUUUUGUGUAGACAAUCUUACUGUCAAUGCUGCUGUGAACUAAGGUAUGUCAUUUGUGCUCAAAGUUUAAGUCUUAUUCUUGGAGUAUUUUUAAAAUGCUACUGAUAUUCAACUGUAAAUAUGAUUAGUGCAUCUAUUAAGUUUCGUUUCCUUUAUAGCAUUGAUCCUUUGUAAAUUUGAAUGACCAUGAUAGAAAUAUGUUUCUUGUGGCAAGUAUUUCACAGGUGUAAAACAAAUAGGAAAAAAUGUUAUUUUAUAUUUUUAUUGAUGUAUAAUGAUAGUUGCCAUAAAUUAGUAGCAAAAGGCACUUCUGAAGGUAAGUGGUUUAAGUUGCCUCAAGAGUGGCACAAUGUAGCUUUAUUUUACAAGAAAGUAUAGCUAGAUUUCUAUGAACUAUUUAUUCUGUACAGUUUUGUAUAUUUUUGGUUCACAAAGGUAAUUAUUCUUGGGUGCCUUUUAAGAAAAUUAAGAAUAAAACUCACUACAAUAAAACUAAAAUGAGAACCUUCUUUUUAAAUGUACUUUCUUCAAUUAGUCUAACCUGUAAUUCAAUCAAGUCAAGAUGAACACACACUCCCAUACACAUACAAAUGCAAAAUGAGAUUUCUGCUUGUUGUCAUCCACAAAGAAUCAUCAUGUCCACCAUCUGCACAAAGGCCAUUCAAUGUCUGGGUGUGACUGACACAGAGCCAAACUUGAAGUCUGACCAGUAGUUCUUGUUUUUCAGCCAACCAUUUUCCCAAUCGCCACAAAUAAAAGUUAUUUAUUUUUCUUCUUUGUGAUUAUACAGUCAACCAUGCAGCAGAUUUUCACAACACAAAGUGGGAUUAAUCAAGGUGAUCUAGUUUGUUUUUUGAACACCAUGCAAAUCUAUGCACAAGGUUAGGAUAGACUCUAUUUCCUAUUAGGAAGAUAUUUCUCUAAUUUAGUUAGUUCUAUAUUAGUGAUUCCUGAAUGUUCUAUUAAAUGUUUUGGUUUUCAACACUCAAAUGCUCUAUUAGGAAAAUAGAUUAUUUCUUUGAUUUUGAGUUAGAAGACUUCCUGUUGAUGAAAACAGUAGGGGCCUUUGCUGCAUGGUGUGAAGACUAAGUAUAAAUCUAUUAGGAUAUCAUAUCACUAAGGUUUUCUUUUAAAUCAUUGAAUUAUAAAUAGAAAACAAUAAAAAAUGAUGUUAAAAGGUUCAUUGUAAACCUAAAUUUCUCCAUUAGUUUACAAGGUUGGAAAGGAUAAUGGUGAUAAUUCUUUUGUAAGUAACACUAAGGGGAAAUUUGUGUGCAUAUGGAUAUACUUAUCCACUAAAAAAUAUUCAGCACAGUAAGGAAUAAUAAACCUCUAAAACAUUAUUUUGAAAGUUACCUUUUAAAGAGAAAAACAAAGCAAGAGCAGCAUUCAUGUUAUUGCACUUCUCAGAGUAUCUGCCAAUAUUUUCUGAUUCCAAUCAAAUGCAUAAAGGUAUUAGAAAGACUUAAGAAAUUCCCAUGCCUGGAGGACCGUUGGAAGGGCUCCAUGAAUACAGACAGAGACAUGUCCUCAAGAACAUUCUCUUUCAGAUGAGGAAAAUGACUUUUUAAAAAAACUUGAUUCAUUUUCAAUUGUCUGAAGUAGUAAUGUUCAUUCUUCAAUUUAUAAUUAAGGCAGAACAAAGUUGUUUACAAAGUCAUGUAAAUAUGUCCCCCAAAUUAAAUACAACCCCAAGAUUAAAAGCCUGUGGGAGUCAGGAUACAUCUUAUAAGGAUGCAAAAAUCAUUACAGUUUCCAAAGGUUAAGAGAUUUUAAAGGCUUAAAAGUUUCACUCAUGAUGGAAUAUUUCUUAUGUGAUCUGGUUCACUGCAAAGAGAUGAGAGUCGAAAAAGCUAGUGUAAUAUAUUUCCUGUUUACUUACCUAAGCAGUCAGCGUGGUCUGUUUUUGUAAUUAAUUGAUAGAUACAGAGUCCCAAGUCCUAAUUCAGUAUCCUCAACCUUAUUUACAUACCUGAGCAUUCUAAAAAUAAAUUAGACUGUUAAUUAUCCUACAAUUUUUUAAAUUUAUUUAAACAGAAGUUACAAUUUGCUCAUUGUACAUCAGUACAAGUUCUCAUUUAAGUCACAAUCUUGAAUUUUGUUAAAUAGAGAUACAAGUGUAUAAUCAUACCAGGUUAAAUUUAUUAAAUUCUGUCAAUCUGUUAGACAUAGAUUGUGUUAAUCCCAAUUUAAUAAAUACGUUUUCACUAAAUUACCAUGAAA